AACAGGAGGGGUGAAAAGCGAAAAAACGCCCAGUCGCAGAUAGGACGUGAGGGAGAGAGUAGGACUGGCUCGAACUGAAUCACAUUCACUACUACAGGAGAAAGGAAAGUACAUUCAACGCACUCUUACGCACGGAUUUUCACAGAAGCAGAGAAGCAGAACAUCAUGGGUGGCAAGCUAAGCAAACGGAAGAAGGGAUACGAUGUCAGUGACCCUAAAGAGAAGAAAGAGGAGAGUGCUGUGGCAGCAGUUGAACCAGCUGAGAAAAAGGCAGAGACCCCUGUGACUGAGUCGGAGGCUGCACCGCAGGAGGCUGCUGCAGUAGAUGCAGCAGUGCCAGUGGUGGAGUCUGAAGCACCUGCUGAGAAGCCAACCUCUCCAUCAGCAGCACAAGCAGAGGUGAAGAAGGAUGAUGCUGCUCCAGAAAAACCAGUGACUACAACAGAGGCAUCUACUGCUGCAUCUAAGGAACCAGAAAGUGCUCCAGAGAAACCAGCAACUGUACCAGAGUCACAAGCAGCAGAGGUACCAGCAUCUGCAUCAAAGGCAACAGCAGUAGAGGCACCAGCUGCUACACAAGAGGCGCCAGCAGCAGAGGUACCAGCAGCUGCAGUAGAAACACCAGCAGCGGCACCAGAGGUAUCUGCACCCAAGGAACCUGCAGAUGCACCAGAAGCAUCAGCAGCAGAGGAACCUGCAGCUGCACCUGAGGAACCAGUGACAAAGAAACCUGCAGCUGCACCUGAGGAACCAGUGAUAAAGGAACCUGCAGUUGCACCUGAGGAACCAGUGACAAAGGAACCUGCAGCUGCACCUGAGGAACCAGUGACAAAGGAACCUGCAGCUGCACCUGAGGAACCACUGACAAAGGAACCUGCAGCUGCACCUGAGGAACCAGUGACAAAGGAAUCUGCAGCUGCACCUGAGGAACCAGUGACAAAGGAAUCUGCAGCUGCACCUGAGGAACCAGUGACAAAGGAACCUGCAGCUGCACCAGUGGCAGAGAAACCUACAGCUGCAACAGAAGAACCAGCCGCUGCACCAGAGACACCAGUAACAGAGGAACCUGUAACACUAUCUGAGAAACCAGCAGCUGUACCUGAGGAACAUGCAACUGCCCCAGAGGCUAAGGAUUCUGCAGCUGCACUCAAAGAACCUCAACCUGUCCUAGAAGAGCCUGUAUCGUCGCCUAAACUUGAAGCCUCACCAGCGGAACCUGUCACAGAGGAGGUGGUAGAGAAAGUGGUUGAGGAGGUUGCAAAUACCAGUCAAUUGUCCACUGAAAUUACAGAAACCAUCAAUGUCACGCCAGAACCAGAGACUGUUACUGAGGCAGCGGCUCCAGAGCCAGUCGCAGAGUCUGCCCCAGUGCCUGAACCUGUUUCCGAAGCAUUGAGUGCAGCAGAGGUUGAAGUGGCUGUGCCUUCCCCAGAGGACCCCACACCAGUCACAGAGCCUGAAUCUGAAACUGCUGCACCCCCUGAGGUUACACUAACACAAGCAAAUCCUGAGCCAUCCCCAGAGCCAACACAACCCGAACCUGUGGCAGAACAAAAGAGUGCAGAGGAGUCCAUUCCCACAAUCGUCAUCUUAGAAUCAACCUCAACCAAUGAUCUCUGCCUCGAGGAACCUGCCUCGACUGUCACAGAUCUGAAGCUGAAUAAUGGAGAUUGCGAGAGUGCUGGCUCAGCAGAGGAAUCUGUGUCGGCUCCCCCUGAGGUAAACGGGGAAUGCCAUGAGCAGGCACCAGACGUAGCCCCUGCAGAUGUCCUUGAGUCCCCGUUUGAAGCAUGUGUAAAUGGUGUGAAGGACAAAGAACCCCCUCAAGAGCUAAGUGACUGUGAACUGAAAAAGGACUUGAGUUUGGCUGCUGACUUUCAGGCUCCAGCUCCGAUUGGCGACAUGGUAGAAGUGCCACAGUGAGUCUGCUGAGCUGUCGACUUAAUCUGAGAAACAAACCGUAAAUGUGAAUCCCAUAUUGAUGCAAACAAACAAUUGAAACAAUCGUCUGACAACACAGGCUUUUUGAAAAUAAAUGUGAAAAAUGCCUGUUGUGUUCUCUCAGGCAAAGGAAUUUCUGGUUAACCAAAAAGAAAUACAACCACCCAAGAGCUAAGAGUGUGAUAAACGAAGAAUGAAACAGUGAGGGUAAAAGCCUAAAAGGAAAUGGGAGGGAAAGAAUGAGAGAGCGAGAGAGAAAGAGAGCGGAUGGUCUUUGAAGUCUUUGUGGCCGAUGUCCUGCUGCCAUUGCAGAGAGUGAGCUUACAGGCCUGGUUGAAUGUGUAAGCCAGAGAAAUGAUGAUUAGACACGAGCAGAAUUUUUAAUUAUUGAGAUGGCAGAACAGAAAUGCUGGACAGUAACAAUAGUAAAAAUGAAUUGAAUGAACAGAAUCAUCUUUUGUGUUCGAGACUGCUCCAUACUGAAAUGGUUUAUUGGAUUAGCAUUUAAUAGUUUAAAAUCUAAUUUAGACCACAUUUCUGUCACCAUGUAAUACGGAGAUUUGAGGAUGAAGCAUUUUGAACUUUUCAUGUUGGGAGAAUCAGUGGGGAAUGUUCAUUUUAACUUAAUGGCUUGGCUUAGAAAAUAAAACACUCUGUUAUACCUUAAAAAUGGUUCUUUCUUUUUUGCAUUUUUGUGAAUGUUGUGCUGAAUAGAUGCAAAUGUCCUUUGUUCACUUAAACGAGUAAUACUUAAAAGAGUAUUUCAAAUAAAUG